AUGAUUUGCGGAAAUGUAAGCAGAGUCGGCUCUGCUGUGUUGUUGCUGUUGCUUUGGCGUGGAACACUUGUGGCUUCAGUGCCAGCACUGGAAAGUGCGCCGCCGGCAGCGACACCUAAUUCCAUAGAGGAGAUGAACAAGCUGCCCGAUAGCAACGGGGAUAGUAGUCUGACACAGGCAACGGUUGCCAACGAAACGAGUCAAAGAGAGCCACAAGAACAGUCUGUGCCCGACAAUGUGGUUACGGGCAGCAGCCUAGAACCGUCGUCAAUAUAUGCUAGCGGUCUCAUCACACCCGAGGCCUUCCAGCAAUAUCUACACCAGUAUGGUGCCGCUGCGGGCUAUGCACCCUAUGCCGGAGCCUAUCCCGCGCCCAUCGCUAACGCACCCGGAAUUUAUCCAUAUCCUGGUCCCAUAGUCGUGCAGACUGGCUACGAAGGAUACUUAGUGCCUGCAACUGUCGCUGCGGCAGGCGAGGUUAGUGGCACAUCUGCGGUUAGUUCCACAUCGACGCCAUCCACAAAUCCACUGAUGGCCUUCAUCUCGAAACUGCUGCCAACGAUUCUGAUGUCGACACUGUUCCGCAUCGCUGCCGUCAUCCUUUCCGCCGUGGGCAUUAUAAUCUUUGGUGGUGCCAUCACCAACGCGGUCUGCCGUCUGACACCCAUUUGUGAUUUUCAGAGCAAGGCCGUUGAUUAUUUGCGGUCGGGUGGCGCUGAGGAUGUCGGCCGCAUGUUAGCCGAGGAAAUGACUCCGGAACGUGUGCGCCGAGCCACGGAAUUUGUGCGCAACGCCAUUCGAAAGUAUCGCCAGUUGCAGAAGCUUGCUGAGAGCCACGACGAGAAGGCGGACUAG